UAUGAGGUAAGGUUAGAGGGCUGCUUAGUACAUAAUUCUCGAAUAUUGGGUAUGGAAGCUCGACUGCUAAAGCUUAGCAACAGACUCUAUAAUGUAACUAAAACCUUAAAACCAUCGAAGAAGGCAAGGCUACCAUCAGCAAAUUUAAGUGGGUUAUAUUUAGCGUAUGGAAUCUCAUGCAUUGGAGAUCGACUUUGGACAUUUUCUUUGGUAUUAUUAUUAGAAUAUAUUGGUGGAGUUCGAUUAGUAUGCCUUAAUCAGCUGAUAGAAGGAAUAAUUAUCAUGGCAUUAAGCUCAGUGAUUGGCAAUUGGAUGGAUCAACAUACCAGAAUAAGAGGUAUGCUAACAGUAUUAGUCAUAAAUAAUACCAACGUGGCUUUAUCGGCUGCAUUACUUGCAGCUUGUAUAACAAUGAACCGUAUGGACACUAUUAACGAUGGUGCUGAUUCAAACUACACAUUUUGGCAUGUUACCUAUGUUACAUGCAUUGUUCUAUCAAUAAUCACCUGUUCGAUUAGCUGCUUGGCAAGUGAAAUGGAAAAGAUCGCUUUUACCAAAGACUGGAUCAUUGUUAUGACUGGUAAAGAACAAUCACCUUUAUCAGCUGCAAAUGCUUGGAUGAAAACCAUUGAUUUGUCAUCAUCUGUGAUAUCGCCGUUUGCAGCUGGUUAUAUAAUUAAUUCGAUUAAUUACCGUUUUGCGUGUUUGGUAUUUGUAAUCUGGAAUCUGUUAUCAAUGUUAAUCGAAGCCUUUAUAACAAUCAAAGUUUAUCAUUGUAUACCUGAACUUGCCAGUAGAGAGGAAACACUCUCACAAGUGGAUGAAAUGCAAAAUAAAAUCAAAUGCUGCGAAAAUAGGCUCUGUUUCGUACAGCAUUGUGGUAAAUUACUUUCACUGUUUUAUACUUAUUAUGAACAGAACGUUUUUUUUGCUGCAUUUGGCUUAACUCUGCUGUACAUGACAGUCCUUGGCUUCGAUGGGAUAGCAAUCGGUUAUGCAAAGUCGCAAGGAUUAUCUGCAUUAUGGUUGGGUGUUUUACGAAGUAUUGGUGCUGCUUUUGGCAUAGUUGGUGCUAAUCUAUAUAGUGUCAUUGAGAUGUAUUCAUCAGUUAGAAGAUCUGGAUUAAUUGGCUUAAUUGCGCAACAACUAUCUCUUCUUAUUUGUGUUGUAUCAAUAUGGCUGCCAGGUUCGCCGUUCGAUCCACUUACAUAUUUUAAGGAAACCACCAUCGCUAUUUGGUGGAAAAAAUUGGGUGACAGCUUCUCAUUUUCCUCUGUAAGAAACACAAGUGAAACAGGUGCGACCGACAUCGACUGGUCAACGUGGACUUCCGAUGGGCAUUCUAUUAUUAGUGUUUUUACACUGAUGCUAGGAAUAGCUGCGGCAAGAUUGGGUUUGUACAUGGCUGAUUUGUCAAUCUCGCAUAUUAUGCAAGAAACAAUCCCGGAAAGGAAACGGAACACCGUCUUCGGAGUUCACGAUUCUGUGGCACAAUUCUUCAGUGUGUUGAAAGAUGUGAUCACCAUGGUAUUACCAGAUCCAAGAACCUUUGGAAUACUCAUAAUUGUAUCACUGUCAUUCAUUCUCAGUGGAUUCCUAUGCUUCUGUUAUUAUUUGCUAACAGUAAAUUAA